AAAAACUCCAGGUGAAGAAGCUGAGACCCACUAUUAUAAAGAUGGCGUUUAUUAAAGAGGAGAGUGAAGACAUGAGGAUUGAAGAAACAUUCAGAGUGAAACAAGAAGAUACUGAGGAACAAAAAGGUUGGCUCAUGUGGACAGACGAGUUGAGAUCACAUGACCAGACAAACACUAAUUUUUGCAUAAAGAGAACUGUGAAAUCAGAUGGCGCUCUUGCAGGGGUGCACAUAACUGGAGUUCAUGCAUGGUAAAAAUAAAUGAUUUGCAUCAGUAAACAUGGAGGGAAGCGCUUUUGAGUGCAAACAUUUUUGAGGACCGGUUCACAGGGUGACGUUUACUUACUGGAGUAGGAUUUUUCUCCAUCUUUCGUAAGAUAGCAAUCAUUAUGAUAAGUGUGUUCUUUAAUUAUUAGGGGUGCAACAGAUUGCAGUUAAUCCGUGAUCCGUAUGGAUAGAACCCAGCGGUUCGGCACGCAUGUGAUUCGCGGAUUAAAUUCUAAAUUUAACCAUGAUAGAGUGAAAGUUUAUUAUUUGGACGUGUUUUGUCUCGCCAGUUAACACAUUCGAAUAAUAAUUUAAAAAAAAAGUAACAACAAAACCUGCCCAAUUGCUCCUCAAUACUAGCCGAAUUGCAUUAUAGGGGGGGAUCCCACAAUAAAAAUCACGUUCCAGGGGAUAAAAUCCACGUUUUUGGUGGGGCUCCCCUGGUAAAAUUUGCAUUCCAGGGGCUAAAUAGCACAUUAUUUGGGGUCGAUUCAACCCGCGGACAUGAAAAACAACCCCGCGACAACAGUGUAAAAGUAGAAUCCACAGACUUGGCAACACUGGUCACAACUUACAAAGUCCAAUUCUCUCCAUUUUUUCAGAAAUUUGUCCAAAUGUCAGACUUCCCAUGUUUUGGUUUUGUAUAGUAAAAAUCUUUCAACUUAAUUUGUUGACUCUAUCCUUCUUGUUAAAUCUUGGGACCCUCUGUAUAUUUUUUGAUUGCCCACUUCCUUCAGCAACCAGCUGCUCCUGUGAGAUUGUGUUGGGUCCCACUGGAUCACAACUCCAAUGCAGUCCUCUACUGUGGGUUUUUGAUGAGGGGUUUGAUAACCAAGUAUUUGGAACGUGUAACUAAAGAAAGGAAAGCGUCACAGGUUACACCUCAUUUAGUAGCUUUGAUCUAGCAUACAUGUUGUCAGAUUUAAUGUUUACAUGUCUAAAUGUUUUGAUGUCCUUUGCUUUGUGUCAUUAAACUGGGCUUAACUUAUAUUUGUUUUUUGUUUUUUACCUCAGACCUGAUUGCACUGAAAGAAGAGAGUCAGGAACUGAAUGAUAUGGAAGAAAAAGAUCUAUAUAAAAAACAUCAUGAGAUCAUGACUGGAGAAAAAUCUUUAUUUGACUUCGAAAUCGAAAAGACUUCCUCUAAAGAGAAAGUCCCCAAAAAAGGAAAUAGAACCUGCCAACAGUGUGGAAAGAGUUUUGCCCAUAAAGGGACCCUUACUUACCACAUGAGAAUUCACACUGGAGAGAGUCCUUAUACCUGCAAACUGUGUGGGAAGAGCUUUUCACUAAAAGGAAAUCUUAAGACUCACUUGAGAAUUCACAGUGGAGAGAAGCCGUUCAUAUGCCUCGAGUGUGGAAAGAGUUUUACACACAAAAAGAACCUUAAUGACCACAUGAUAAGUCACACAGGAGAGAGCCCUUACACUUGCAAACUGUGCGGGAAAAGCUUUUUACGAAAAGAAAGUUUUAAGACUCACAUGAGAAUUCACACUGGCGAGAAGCCAUUCAUAUGUGGUCAAUGUGGAAAAAGUUUCCGAUUUAAAGAAAACCUAAAAAUCCAUAUGAGGAUUCACUCAAGAGAGAACUGUUUUAUAUGUCAUCAGUGUGAAAGAACUUUCACAGACCGGAAUCACCUUAAGAAGCAUGUAGAAAUUCACACUGGAGAGAAGCCUUUCAUGUGCCAUCACUGUGGAAAGACUUGCUCAAACAAAACAAACCUUAAGAGUCAUAUAAGAAUUCAUACUGGAGAGAAGCCUUAUACCUGCCCUCAAUGUGGAAAGAGUUUCACAGUUAAAGGAAACCUUAACAUUCACAUAAGAGUUCACACUCGAGAAAGGCCGUACGAGUGUCUUCAGUGUGAGAAGAGUUUCACAUACCACACAGACCUGAAACGUCAUUUACAAACACAUCCUGGAACAACAUUGUAGUGUUCCUCAGUAUUGGCCAACACUGUACACAUAAGCAGCACAAUGUAUGUACGUGAUGCUGACACAGGAGUUGGCCAAUAGUGAGUCGGUGUUCUGACGUAGAACCUGGAAGCUCUGAUGAUGUGCUUUAUUCUACCAUUAAAAUCAUAAAAUCACGUGUGUUAGGCCUGAACAUGUGUGUACUGAGAACAUGAUAGCAUUACGUCUGUACAUGUGCUUCCAAGAAAAGGUUUGCUGUACACUAUGAAAAAUUCUAUUCUAAGCUGAAGACUGUAAAAGGACAUUUCCAAUAAUAUCUAUAGAAUGUGUAAGGGCGUUUGCCUGAAUAUAUUAGGAGACCUGAGCAGAAAUUCAGCAGCUGUCUCUGUUAUGAGGCUGGCUCCUUUAUUGUACAAUAAAGUAAAACUUCUGGAAUCAAA